UUUCAAAAUUUGGAAUUUUUGCAGUUCAAUAUGCCAAGAUGUUCGUUAAAAGUUACAUUUAUUUACACUACUUGUUUUAUUUUCACUUUUUUGAUAUUUUCUGAACAUAACCAAAAAUUAUCCAAAGACUACUGGGUUGAACAACCGGAUAUUCCAGAAGAAACACGGAAAAAUUAUUCAAUUCAAACUGAAAUGUACGAAGAUCAGUACUGCGUGGGGUAUAAUUUUCUGGAAGGAACAGGAGACUUUCGAGAAGACGGUCUAGAACCUAUCACCCUGGCAUCCCAUGCCACUUCAGAUAUGAUGUUAACUCUGGAAAAAAUGACCUCAAUGUGGGAUGGACCUAUAUCAGUUGGGAUAUUUAUUGAUUUUCACUCUAGUCAAGCUCUGGAGUAUCUCGCAGAAGUGCACAGAUGUGAUGAGGAGUUCAGGAAGAAGAUGACAAUUCACUUUGCAAUCCGUCAGUCAGCAUUCCAACAAACUUGCCCAAAAAUUCAAAUUCCAGCUUCAGACAGAACUUGCUGGAAGUUCAGAGCGGAUCAAUCCUACCUCCGAAGCCAUCUGUCAGGACCCUUCCAACUAUAUCCGAGCAACCUUAUGAGAAAUUUGGCUCGCCAGGGAGCCAAGUCGGAUAUUCAUUUUAUUAUGGAUGCAGAUAUGAUUGUUAGUGAGGGAUUCGCGCGGAAACUCAAAAAAGUGGCAAAUGAGAUGAUCGACGGAAAAAGUAAAAAAGUAUUGGCAAUUCGAAGAUUCGAAUCGGUUAAUGGAACUUAUUUGCCUAGAACUCACUUUGAGUUGAAGCAAUCUAUGGCUUAUUCCAAAACCUUCGAAUUCCACCAUCGCUUCUUCCCACAAGGCCAUCACAUUGAGCAUUUAGAGCAGUGGUUUGAAGUUUCCAAGCAGUCAACUUCAGUGAGCACGAUGGAAAUUCCUUUUGCCGGAUAUGAAUGGGAAGUUCAAGUAAUUCUUCACCGUAACGACCCCUAUAACGCGGCCUAUUUCCCGUCCAGAAUCAAAGUUAUGCACUCUCUGAUUUACGCCCUUUGUCGUGCUGGUUACACGUUUCAUGUUCCGUCACACGUUUUCGAUGUUCAUGAAGGGAUUAAGCAUACUAAUACAAUUUAUUCGAAAGCCACAAUUGCUCAUCAGGAAGCUUAUGCGAUGGACAUAGCCGGAGCCAGAUAUGUCAGAGAAAUGGACGAAAAGUACCCGGACACUUUGGACAAGUGUGGAAGAUUCAAGAUGUAUUAGAAUGUUUUUUUGUCAAAUUUAUUUCCCGUCGAUCUCACUUUUAGCAAAAUAAAUUUUUUAAAAUCAUAA